AUGAGUCUACGUCUUCUCAAUGAAAGUGUCGGCGACCUACCCGACUACGAUGAACCUCCACCUUACUUCGACGAAAACGAGCCUGAGGAGACGCUUCGAGUGGUGCAUUAUGGCCAUAUCGCUCAAUUCCCAGCCAUUUCUACCCCACUUUUAAGUGCUCGGUGGGUUCAUAUCUCUCAGAUAGGCCAACGUUCAGGCAACAACAAAUGGGGUAGCACUGCCCGUUACGAUAUACAUGGACCCACUGGAGAGCCAUUGGGGUAUAUCCUCAAAAAAGGCGUGAUGCUGAAAGGGUUCCCCGCCGAAGAGGCUUCUCGCAAACGCUCGGUGUUCAUUGACUUCUUCGACCAUAAGCAGCGACUUGUGACCAGGGUUUUGGGAAUGGGGGUGAAUAUAUAUGUGUAUCUUCCCGGCGAAGACCGCACUGGCCAACGAGUUUUCCAAGAGGUUGGUCGAUUCGAGAAUUGGGGUGACUACCAUUCAUACCGUCUUCAGCAACUAGUCGAGCAUAGACAAGAGGCUCGCAACUAUCAAGAGAAAAAGACUUAUGAAGAUCUCGGCGUUGUCAGUUACGAUGAGAUUGGAACUUUGAAGUUUCCUAUAUAUUCCCAGGAUCUUCGAGGAAAUAUCAAUCGAUGGGGUCCUCAUGUGGCUGUGGUCCGAAGUCAAGCUCGAGGGGCUGUUCCCGGUUAUACAGUGGAGAGUGAUCGCAUGUCAUUUGAACAACGUGCAUUGGUGUUUGGAUUUUUGUUACUGGUUGAUCAUCGUAUUCCCAGUAACUCGAACGAUCGUCAGUGCUAUGACCGACCAACUGUCGAUUUGAAAGAAUCGAACGUGUCGAACGGAUACAAACUCCCAAUGAGUGUCAUGCAUGAAGAUUCAAUCCAGAACUUUCCCCGAGUCGGAACAGGUGAGCUCUUUGAGUACUCCUGUUUGAAGUGCCCCAUCUUUACUGACAAACGGAUAAAGAUAACGAGAUGUACAAUACCAACCAGUGGCAAUAACCAACCUCGUACAAUAUUACCAUUUGUUUUCCGUAAAAACAGUCCCGCUCCGGCGACGCUCACGGCACAAUACAGGAUACACAAUUCUAAAGGAACGUUAAGAGGAUUGGUGGAAGAACGAACCCAAAAGAUAUUGGGAGAGACCGGCGUUUGUACUGAUGUGUUUGAUCUUGAUCAUCAUAUAAUCUUAAGAGUCUACAUUCGCCGUUCACUUGCGUGGGUAUACGUCCCGGCUCUCAAUUCUAUGGGAAAGCGAGUAUUCCAUUUGAUAGGUACAUGCGCUAAUUGGGACACAAAUUAUGAACUUCGCGUUGGAGGAAGCUAUCUUGGCUCUGUCAAUUCAAGUGACCUAACCUUAAAGAGUUACGCAAUUCGCCCAACUCGUGAAGUGCUAGGAGAUAGAAUCGACUCGGAAAUUGACGUGGCACAAUUCAGGAUCCACGUGAAGGAAAAUCAUGACUUUUGUGAAAUGAUUACAAGUGGAAUGUCUUUCAGGCAGCGGGGAGUUGUGUUAGGAUUUCUCUUCUUGCAAGACAAUAACCGGCUCCGUAAGACCAAGUAA